GGAAAAAACAACUAAACUAUCCGUCUCUAAUGUCCCAUGUGCCAUUUCCGCCGCGCGCGCGGGCAACUGGUCUUCAUCCUGUGAACGAGACGGACGCUCAGACGGAACACCGACGCCAGCCGGACCGUGAACGCCCCUGACGAGGUGAAUUUAUAGAGCGAAUUUGAAAACACCGUCACGCCACAGACCCUUUUGUGAGCGCUCGCCUCCGUGGGUUGGCUCAGCUCAGCUCAGCUCAGCUCAGCUCAGCUCAGCUCAGCUCGAGCCCGGCAGCGGCGCGAGCGGGAUGGUCGCACUGCUCCAAACGCCUGCGCGGGAGCCUGGAGUGCGCGCGGAGCGGAACGGCGGGCUGCUGCUCGGACUCUGAACGCACCGGACCGCGCCGAGGGACCGUCGGCAGUCACCGCAGUCCGCCUUGACGCGCGGGAGGGGGCACACGGGAGAGUUUGGACCCGAACCCGCGAGAGCGACGUCGGCGCUCGGAGCAGAAGUUGAGAGUCGCCGCCGUCGACUCGGUGAAGGAGCCGCUCCGCCGAGGGCGCGAGGAGAUGCGCGGCGUAACAUGGAUAUCGGAGAAGGGCUAAACAUCAGCGAACACCGCAGCGCUCGCGCUCAGAACCGUGAACGUGCUGGAAAGGACAAGCCAUGAUACUACACACCUGUGAUUGGAUCUGAGCUUGUACUGACCAGAGACCAUUAAAAUGGAGUUGCUAUGGAAACUUGUAGUGCUGCUGUCAUUGGUGGAGUAUUUGGCAGGAAGCGGAGUCCUGCUGAGGCCCAUGUUCACCAAGCAGCCCGGCAGCGUGGUGUUUCCCCUUCAACCCGGCGGUAACCACCGGGAGGUGGUGUUCAGCUGCGAGGCCCAGGGGUAUCCGCCCCCCUUCUACAGGUGGAAGCUGAACGACUCGUUCAUCCAGCCCCGGCCGGGGUCACGCUACUCUCACGUCGGGGGGAACCUGCACAUCAGCCGCCUGAACAAAGACGAAGACGUUGGCAUCUAUCAGUGCCUGGCUACCAACUCGUUUGGCACCAUCAUGAGCAGGGAGGCCAGCCUGCACGUUGCAUACUUGGAGAACUUCAAGACGCAGAGAAGAAGUCCAGUGAGGGUCCGCGAAGGCCAAGGGGUGGUCCUACUGUGCGGGCCCCCGCCCCACUCUGGAGACCUGACGUUCACGUGGAUCUUCAACGAAUACCCGUCGUUCGUCGUCCAGGACAUGCGGCGGUUCGUGUCCCAGAAGACGGGCAACCUCUACAUCGCCAAAGUGGAGCCCUCCGACGUGGGCAACUACACGUGCGUCGUCACCAACACGGUCACCAAAACCAGUGUCCAAGGACCUCCCACCCCGCUAGUGCUGCGGGUUGAUGGUGCGAUGGGCGAAUACGAGCCAAAGAUUGAAGUGCAGUUUCCUGAAGUUGUGCCUGUUGCCAAGAGCUCCACAGUCAAACUGGAAUGUUUCGCGCUGGGAAACCCGGUGCCAGCCAUCAGCUGGAGGAGACUUGAUGGAGCCUCCUUUGCCAGGAAAGUGGACAUAAAUAAAGCCAGCGGCGUUUUAGAGAUUCCUUACUUCCAGCAGGAGGAUGCGGGCAUUUAUGAAUGCGUGGCUGAAAACAGCAGAGGCAGGAACUCGGUGAGAGGAAAACUGACUUUCUACGCGGCGCCUCACCUGACCGAGAAGCCCCAGGACGUGCAGAAGACCAUCGAUGACACGCUGGUGUGGGAGUGCAAGGCCAGCGCCAAACCCAAGGCCUCGUACCGCUGGCUGAAGAACGGGGAGCCCCUGGACCCCAUGGAGCAGGACCGAGUCCAAGUGAACAACGGGUUGCUAACUAUUAGCAGCCUGAAUCUCGCUGACAUCGGCAUGUACCAGUGCGUGGCUGAGAACAAGCAUGGCCGGAUCUUCACCAACGCUGAGCUGCGAGUCCUAGCCAUCGCUCCAGACUUCUCCCAGAACUUGUUAAAGGCCCAAACCCUGGCCCGACAGGGUGGCGACAUUCUGAUUGAGUGCAAGCCCAGGAUGUCUCCGUGGGGUGUGAUCUCUUGGAGGAAAGGGAAGGACGCCCUGAGAGAGAACCACAGGGUUACGGUGCUGGACAAUGGAAGUCUGCGGAUCUCCAACGUCACGAAAACGGAUGCUGGACUCUACACAUGUGUGGCCAGGAACCAGUUUGGCGUGGCGAGCAGCGCCGGGAGCCUGUUGGUUAAAGAGCCCACUGUCAUCACCAGCCCGGCCGGUCACCUGGACGUGACCGUAGGGGAGAGCAUCGUGCUGCCCUGCCAGGUCUCCCAUGACCCCACUCUGGAGCUCAAGUUCACCUGGUUCUUCAACGAGCAGCUCAUUCACUUUGGGAGCCACGGGGCUUAUUUUGAAAAAGUCGGUGGGCGCUUGGCUGGAGACAUCAUGAUCCGGAACAUUCAGCUGAGGCAUGCUGGGAAAUACACGUGUGCCGUCCAGACCAAGGUGGACAGCGUGUCUAUUGCCACGGACGUAGAAGUAAGAGGUCCCCCCGGCCCCCCUGUGGAGUGUCGGGUGCUGGAGAUGACGGAGACCACGGCUUCGCUCUCCUGGGGGCCUGGGGUGGACAAUCACAGCCCCAUCCUCGGCUACAACAUCCAGGCCAGGACGCCCUUCUCCCUCGGGUGGCAAGCUGUUACUACGGUUCCUGAGCAGCUCGGGGGGAAGCAGCUGUCAGCCACUGUCGCCGACUUGAGUCCCUGGGUGGAGUACGAGUUCAGAGUCCUGGCAAGCAACAGCAUAGGAGCCGGAGAGCCCAGCAAACCGUCCAAGAAGGCCCGCACCAAAGAAACGCUUCCCAGGGUGACUCCGCCCAGGGUGAACGGCGGCGGAGGAGGACGCUCAGAGCUGGUCAUCACCUGGGAGCCUGUUCCUGAGGAACUGCAGAGCGGCCCGGGCUUUGGAUACGUGGUGGCUUUCCGCCCACUCGGGGCUCAGGGCUGGAUGCAGGCUGCAGUCACGUCCCCAGAUGCAUCUAGAUACGUCUUUAAGAAUGAGAGCAUUCCGCCGUUCUCGCCUUACCAAGUCAAAGUGGGGGUUUACAACAACAAGGGAGAGGGCCCCUUCAGUCCAGUGACCACUAUCUACUCAGCAGAGGAAGAGCCCAGCAGAGCUCCGGGCAGGCUGAGGGCGCGGAGCGUGUCGGCGUCCGAGGUAGAGGUCACCUGGAAGCCGCUGGCCUGGAGUAACAACUACAGACGCAUCCUUGGCUAUGAGCUGCGCUACUGGAGGGAGAAGGAAAAGCAGGACGCAGCCAGUGUAAUCAGGACGGUGGGGAAUAAGACUUCUGUGCUCAUUAGAGAUCUGGAGGGCAGCAGUACCUAUUACGUGUCCCUCCGGGCCUAUAACAGCGCUGGAGUGGGUCCACAGAGCAGCAUAGUCAAUGUCACAACCAAGAAGCCACCGCCUAGUCAGGCCCCGGGCAAAAUAAUGUGGAAUACUUCCAACUCCAAGGUCAUCCUGAGGUGGGACCAAGUACACGCUCUGGAGAACGAGUCUGAAGUGACAGGAUACAAGGUGAUGUACAGCCAGGACAAACACAGUCGUCCCAGCGUGGUGGAGACCAACAGCACCUCCUUGGAGUUGUCACUGCCAGUCAACCAGGACUACGUCAUUCAGAUUAAACCCUUCAGCGAGGGAGGCGACGGCAGCAGCAGCCGCCAGAUUACCAUCCCCAAGAUAGCAGGCUCCGUGGCCACGGGAGCAGCCCCUCGGUCCUCGGCGUCUCCCCUGGUCAAGCUCGUGGCCCUUCUCCUCACAGCCAGGACUGUAUUAUGACAGAAAAAUGUGCGAGGAGCAGCCACUCCAGCUGCUUAUUGAGAGGAGAAAGGGCGGGUUUAGGACAGCGAGAGGCUGACUGAAGCAUUUCCACCUGCUCCUCACCCAACACCACUGAAAUUCCCCUUCUCCGUGUGGAGGCUUUCCCUUCACCUGUCUGAAAGGAACUGGCUCUUUCAGAAAUUGCUUUUCUGGAACUGAAAGGACGCUGUGACUCUGCUGCAGUCUAUCUGAAGAUGUUUAUUUCCUCUGCCUCCUUCAAACCCAUGGAUGUUCCUGUGUGGUUUUGACCUCGGAGGCCCAGUGUUGUGUAAUGCACAAUAGGAUGUAGGAUGUGUAUGUUUUCUCCACGGGGCCCGUUCAGUGGAUAUGUAUAGUGCCGGUGUCGGCACCUUCCUGGAUGAUGGGAUUUUAUCUUAACUGAGGAUGGAGUCGUUUCCUCCUGAGCGGACUUUGGGGAACGUCCUCCCAAAAAAUAAAAAUAAAAAACUGCAAAAAUAAAAAACAAAAGAAAAACUGGGAGAAACUGUAACCCCCACUGCUUUAUUACAACCCAUGAACUUUCUGGACCUUUGUGACUUUGCCUGGAUUUAAAUUAUGCUUCUUCUGUUACAUUGAAACCUCAGCGUUGCAGUGACACUGACUGGAGCCAAAGGUAUCGAGCCGACGCGGCUCAGUCCCACCUGUUGUAUCGUCGUGAGAACAUGCAGUGUUUCUACCCCCUCGGUUCGCUUCCACCGCUAACGGCAGAUGUGUGUUGAUUAACUGAUGUCCCUCCCUCAUCCCUGAUGCAUAAGUGUGUAACGAAGGCACGCGGACGAGUGCGAACCACAUUGUCGUACGCUGUAUGUAUGAACUCCUCAGGUCCCAAACGAGCCUUAAGUCUUAUUAUUCUCCAUGUUGACGUCAUUCAAGGCAUUUCCUAGUUGUGGCUCACUCACGGCCUAAUUUCAAGUACCGGCUUCUGUUAGGUCACACCUGUAGGCUUCUUGGGCUCAAACAUGCCUUUCUCCCUCGUCCGUCCUGUUCAGCAUUGUACUCCAGCGUGGCAGUGAUUUUUCUAUCAUAGCUUUACCACUAAGUAGGGGAUGGCAUUUUCCUGUCUGCUGCUGUUUGGCAUGACACUGAUCAGUGUACGUACCUGCGUUGCUUAGGAUGUGAGAAUGGACAAACCCGCUUUUAAUAAACAUGAUGCCAUUUUU